GCAGCAGCAGUAGCUUAGCGGGAGUAAAUAUGGCCAUGAGGAACGCAUCCCGGGUGGAGGUGGAGGCAGAAGUGGAGGAAGAGGAGAAUUUUGGGCCACAACCAGUUUCCCGCCUAGAGCAAAGUGGCAUCAGCAGCAGUGACAUUAAGAAGCUGGAAGAUGGUGGUUUCCAUACUGUAGAAGCCGUCGCAUAUGCACCCAAGAAAGAACUGCUGAAUAUUAAAGGAAUUAGCGAAGCCAAAGCUGACAAGAUCCUGACAGAAGCUGCUAAAAUGGUUCCCAUGGGCUUCACCACAGCGACUGAGUUUCACCAGCGCAGAGCCGAAAUCAUCCAGAUCUCCACAGGAUCUAAAGAGCUGGAUAAACUCCUGCAGGGAGGAAUCGAGACAGGAUCCAUUACGGAGAUGUUUGGAGAGUUUCGGACAGGAAAGACGCAGCUUUGUCACACACUAGCCGUCACCUGCCAGCUGCCCAUAGAUCAGGGUGGAGGUGAAGGAAAAGCCAUGUACAUUGACACUGAAGGAACUUUCCGUCCAGAGAGACUGCUGGCUGUGGCUGAACGGUAUGGUCUGGUGGGCAGUGAUGUUCUGGAUAACGUGGCCUACGCCAGAGCCUUCAACACUGACCAUCAAACACAGCUGCUGUAUCAGGCCUCCGCUAUGAUGACCGAGUCCAGAUACGCUCUGCUGAUAGUAGACAGCGCCACAGCUCUCUACAGGACAGAUUACUCGGGACGAGGGGAGCUGUCUGCCCGACAGGGGCAUCUGGGACGCUUUCUGCGUAUGCUGCUGCGUCUCGCUGAUGAGUUUGGUGUGGCUGUCGUCAUCACUAACCAGGUUGUAGCACAGGUGGACGGAGCAGCCAUGUUUUCAGCAGAUCCCAAGAAGCCUAUUGGUGGAAAUAUUCUGGCACACGCAUCAACUACACGGUUAUACCUUAGGAAAGGCAGAGGUGAGACGAGGAUAUGUAAGAUCUAUGACUCUCCGUGUUUACCAGAGGCCGAGGCCAUGUUUGCCAUUAAUGCUGAUGGAGUGGGAGAUGCUAAAGACUGAAGAAAUGGAGAGUAGAGGGUCUGUCGGCCAUGUAUACCAGACCAUCAAGAAAAGACUGCUGUUUAGUCUGGAUUAUUAUAAAAAAAAAAAAGAGAUAUUUUGAAUGAAAGAAAAAAACCCUUGAGGGUGAAAUUUGUGGUUUAUUUACAUGUAUGCAGAUUGAUGCAUCUGAAAACAUUUGAGCUGGUGUAAUUAUUCACUCUUUACUGUGAUGUAAGCCUCUUUACUAUGUUAUUUACAUCUUUUUUUAUGUUUGUUUGUCUGUGUGGACUUUUUCCUUGUGUAUAUAAAAGUACUCAUAAUUAAAGUGUUUUAUCUGUUAAACUAA